UCUCAUCAUAUUCUCCACAGUUUAGAUAUUUUAUAGGUGAUUUAUUCAUCAAAAAUAGUUUUAAACUUUUAAGUAGGUUGUCAAAAUGGUAGUAAAUGACAAAUCAAUGUUUAAGCCAAAGGUUCAGCGCUUUUUUUUGUUUAGUUUCAUUCUGCUUCUCUGAAACAACUCUUAGCAGUAAAUUACCGGGAAAAGUGGAAACCUUGAUACACUCGAUACACUCGAAGUUUACAAUUGCAAUUACAACGUGGGUUGCGGGUUGCAAAGUGAUUCCCAUCAAAAUCGGAAGUCGCCCGCCUGACGCCGCGCCGGAGAGACGUCUCAACUGUCCGCCAACGUCAGCUCGUCCGCCAUGUCCUUCAACACCACGCUGCUCGACUUCAGCGUCGCCCCGGAGAUCAUCACCAAUCCGGUGGCCAGCGCCACGCUGCACCAGCAGGUGGAGGAGGUGGUGGGCGCCGUGGUGCCCGGCCUCACGCGGCUCAUCGAGGACCUGCUCCCCUCGGGCGGCUUCCACAUGACCUACACGGCCGAGAACGAGACGUUCGUCACGUUCAGGGGUCACCGCAGCGGCCUCGUCUCCGUGCAGAUCGAAAACUACGGCGAGACCUUCCUCAUGGAGAACCGGGCGGUGGUGGAGCUGGAGAAGCGAAUCCGAGCCAAAAUCGGCGCCCACCGCGGCAAGGCCAUUCUGCCACUGAAGAGGGGACGCGACAUCGACUCCUACUUCUACACAUCGGACGAGCGGCUGCUGGAGUACGGCGUGCUGGAGACCAUCUUUGACGAGGUGACGCCCUACCAGCACGUGCAGGUGGUACGGACACGGGACUUUGGCAAAAUCCUCGUCCUGGACGGAUUCCACAAUAUGUCGGAGAAGGACUUUAUCUACACGGAGACACUGAUGGGCGGAGAAAACUACGAGGGCAAGACGGCGCUGAUCCUGGGCGGAGGCGACGGCGGCCUGCUCUGUGAGCUGCUCAAACAGAACCCAAAGUUCGUCACCAUGGUCGAGAUCGACGAAGUGGUGAUCAGGGAGUGUAGGAAGCACCUGCGGGCCAUCUGCGGCGACUGUCUGGACAAGUUCGACGGCGACAACUACAAGAUUAUCGUGGGCGACGCGUUCCAGUACCUCAAGGACAGCGUCCAGGAGGGCCGGACGUUCGACUACAUCUUCUACGACCUGAGCGACGUGCCCGUGUCUCCGCGGCACGACCGCGACCUCUGGAACAUGGUCAAGGACGUGCUGCAGGACAGCAUGAGCCUGCUGCCCGCCGGCGGAAAGUACAUGAGCCACGUGAUGGGCGUCAACUGUCCAGAGGCGCUGGAGGAGUUCGAGAGGCUCGUGGACGAGCUGCCGGCCAAGACGAGUCGCACCAGCUCCAGCGCCUACGUGCCCUCCUUCAUGGAGACCUGGGUGUUCUACCAGGUGACCAAGUGUUGAUCUGAGCGCGGUGAGUCCGCUCCUGUCCUGCAUGCCCUCCGAGAGAGAGCGGAGAGAGCGGAGAGAGCGCCGAGUCGCCCAGGCCAGUGUGACAGACGGGUGUCAUCAGAUGACUCUCCGGCCUGUGACGUCAUAGAUGACCCUCUGGUGUCAUCGUGAGCUGCCAUAUGAUGCGGCCCAGGGUCGCCGGGUGCCCGAGGGCUGUUUUCCUCCAUUGUCACCUCCGUUUUGUUGAGUGCGGCCGCCGGCCGGAGCCACAGCACAGUGCAGUCGUUACGCACAUUUUGAGUGUUUGUCACGGAAUAAAUAGGCAGCUAUUA